CUGCUUAUAUCUGGCUCAUGUUUAGAUAGUAAUGUUGUUUUGAUCUUUUCUCUUCUUCAUUCUAUGCUUUGCACACUUUGGAGAUUGAACAUGACUUGCACAAAGCAUAGGAGGUGACAGAAUAGUAGUUAUACGAUUUUCUUUUAAUUUAUUGAGCGUUUAAGGGUCCACCUAUCAACUUGGAGAAAUCACGAUACUUUUACUGAUAUGGGUCUUGAAAACCGGGAUUUGUUAAGGUAUUGUUGGGAAAAGGAUGAUUAGGUGAAUGUAUUCAAGAAAUUGUUACAUUUUGUGAUGACAAAUUCAAGAAAUGGUUAAAAAAAUUUCAUAUUUAUGGAUCAAAAUAGGGGUAGAAGUAAGAAGUGAAGAAAAAAUCUCAAUUGUGUAAUUAGAGGGAAAUGUGAGGGCUUUUUUUGUAAUUUUGUUCUCCACUUUCCCGCUCAGCUUCCCACACCCUAUAACCACCUCCGUGUUGUAGAGUUGUAGCUCAGAUAUCUGUUUACUCAACGGAACAAAAUAACCGUCUCUCUCUCUCUCUCCCCUCUCCGGCGUACACUUAACGGAACCCUAGAAAGCUCCGGCAUGGACAUCCGCAUGUUCCUCGGCUUCUCAGCUCUUCUGAUCUCUACAGCAAAGCAGUCAUCUCCGCCGCCUCCGAUCAGCUGCUCCGACCAGUUGGUGCUGUUCUCGCCGUGCCUGCCGUACAUUUCCUUCUCCCCGAACAACAAGACCAACACGCCUCCGCCGCAGUGCUGCGAUGAAAUGACUUUUGCCGUCGCCUCCGGCAAUGCGAUCUGCCUUUGCUAUCUCGUACAAAGGCCUCGGAUCUUCGGAUUCCCGGUGAACUCCAGCAGAGUGAUCUCCCUUUCCUCCGUUUGUCCGACGACACAUAGAGAAGCCAUAGCGAAUUUCUCCAUCAAGGCUCUCUGUUCAGGAAAAACUGCACUCCCUCCCCUGAAGGGCAUAACAGGUUCAGGGAAUUCCCCACACCUUUCUGGUCAGGAUAACUCUGCAUCACCUCCGAUGAGCCCACCACAGCAACAUGAGAAUAGAUCAUCAAGUCCUCCGCCCCCUGCCGAUGAUUCAUCUGUUGACGCUACUGAUGGAUCAUCUAAUGAACCUGCUGACGGGUCAUCUAUUGGUCCUACUGAUGAUUCAUCUAUUGGACCUGAUGAUGGUUCAUCUAUUGGACCUGAUGAUGAUGAUUCAUCUAUUAGACCUCAUGUUCAAUCUCCCACCAUACCAAUAACACCUAUAGGAAGUGCAUCCACAUGGAAGAUCUGCAUAAUUUGUGUCUGCAUUUCAUUUGGAUUUGUGAUUUUCCUUGUCAACAUAUUCAUAUAGUUUAUGGAGAAUUAGUCCCACGAUCCCACAGCAUCACCUUACUCGGUGAUUGUGGCAUGUGAAUAGCGAAAUAAGUCAAAUAUAUCUGUUGCAGGAUCUUGGAAACUUUUGCCGUCUGAAAUGCAUUCUUUCAUUUCUUUU